ACGAGUGCUCGAUCAGGAGGAGUACAGUACCAACAACGUGAGAUAACAAAGCUCUUCAGAAGUGGAUUAUCGGAACAAGAAGAAAAAGGAGAAAAAAAAAGAGAGGAAAUGUAUCACCACAACCACCAACACCAAGGAAACAACAGUUUCCCUUCUUCACGGAUGCCGCCCAUUCCUUCGGAGAGGCAUUUAUUCUUGCAAGGUGGGAAUGGGCAUGGAGAUACAGGCCUAGUUCUUUCAACUGACGCUAAGCCUAGACUGAAAUGGACACCAGAGCUGCAUGAGCGCUUCAUAGAAGCAGUCAAUCAGCUUGGAGGAGCAGACAAAGCUACACCAAAAACAGUAAUGAAGCUCAUGGGAAUUCCAGGCCUUACCUUAUACCACCUUAAAAGCCAUCUUCAGAAAUACAGACUCAGUAAGAAUCUUCAUGGACAAACUAAUGUUGGGACCAGCAAGAUCAUAGUGGCAGGGGAGAGGACAUCUGAAGCAAAUGGAGCGCUCAUGAGCAAUACAAACCUCGGCUCCCAGACAAGCAAAAGCUUGCAGAUAAGUGAAGCAAUAGAGAUGCAAAUCGAAGUGCAGAGAAGACUACAUGAACAGCUUGAGGUGCAACGUCACUUACAGCUCCGCAUUGAAGCACAGGGAAAAUACCUACAAUCAGUGUUGGAGAAAGCCCAGGAGACACUUGGAAAACAAAACGUCAGUCCCACAGGCUUAGAAGCUGCUAAAGUGCAGCUCUCUGAACUAGCAUCCAACGAAUCCACAGAAUGCCUGAACUCUGCCGUUUCUGAGUUGAAAGAAAUGCAAGGUUUGUGCCCCCAGAAAACACAAACAAACCAGCCUGCAGAUUGUUCAAUGGACAGUUGCCUGACUUCGUGUGAAGUAUCUCAAAAGGACCAAGAGAUACACAACAUUGGGAUGGGUCUGAGACCUUAUCACUGCAGUACCUCUCUGGAUCCAAAGGACAUCGGAGAUGAAUCCAUGCCUCAUCAGACUGAACCCGCAUGGGACAGAGACCUGAAGGAGAAUAAAAUCUUCCCUCCCAUGAGAAGAGACACAGAACAGGUCAGGUUCCCCAUACAAAGGAGCUCCAGUGACUUGCAUAUAAGCAUUAGAGUUGAAGGAGAAAAGAGGCAUGCUGGCUGCAGCAUUUUUGAGGGAACACCUAAAAGUGAUGGGGAUGAGAAUUUCCUUCACCAAAACACCAGAAGACCAGCAAUCCAAGCAGAGAAUGAGAAGACAUCGAAAGAGUUCAGAUUGCCUCAUCUAAUAGCAAAGCUGGACCUAAAUGCUCAUGACGAAAAUGAUGCAUCCUCAAGCUGCAGGCAGUUUGACCUAAAUGGAUUCAGCUGGAACUGAAUGGCCAUACUGCAAGUUAUAUGUAAUAGUUGAAUUUGAAGAAAACUUCUUGUUUACUUUUCUGUUUUCCAUAUCUGCUGAGAAAAUUUUGAAAUUCAGGAUGGCAAACCAGUGCUCUCUCAGUUCAGCAAUCAAAACUAAUCAGGGCA